AUGACUGCACUAAACACCACAAACAUGGACGCCCUUGACAUAGAACUAGAUUUUGUCGGCCAGCAGCCAAUGAUGGUCAAGAUCUAUACCCAAAUCAGCUUCUGCUUCCCAAUCACCGACCCCUCCACGCACCCAGCAAUCACCGCCACCCUUAAACGCGGCCUACACCGUCUCUCACAGAGCUUCCCCUGGGUAGCAGGCCAAGUCAAAGACGAUGGUACCGGCGUCUUCAAGAUCAGACCUUUCGAGGAGACUCCGAGACUGGUUGUCAAGGAUCUUCGGGAUGACCCCUCCGCACCGACGAUGGAGGGCUUGAGAAAGGCAGAGUUCCCGAUGAGCAUGUUUGACGAGAACAAAAUCGCUCCCAAGAAAACUCUCCCUUUUGGCCCUGACUACUCGCCUGAUGAUCCGUCGCCGGUCUUGAUCUUUCAGCUGAAUUUCAUUGAGGGCGGGCUUAUCUUCACUGUUAAUGGGCAGCACGGGUGCAUGGACAUGACGGGUCAGGAUGAGCUCAUUCGACUUCUCUCCAAGGCAUGUCGCGACGAAGCCUUCUCAGAACAAGAGAUAUCAACAAUGAACCUUGACCGCAAGACCAUUGUUCCGCCGCUGGAGAAAUACGAACUCGGGCCUGAGCUGGAUCAUCAAAUCAUCAAACCCCCUCCAACCACUGAUGCCCCGCCAACACCACCAAAAGCAAGCUGGGCUUUCUUCUCUUUCAGUCCACAAGCCCUCUCCGCACUCAAAGACAACGCGACACAGACGCUUGACGGGAAAACAGGUUUCAUUUCGACAGACGAUGCCCUCUCAGCGUUCAUUUGGCAAUCUGUCAGCCGUGCUCGUCUCGCGCGUCUAGACGAUUCCACUUCGACUGAAUUCUGUCGCGCCGUGGAUGUGCGCACUCAACUGGACGUGCCAAAGAACUACCCCGGAAUUCUCCAAAACAUGGCCUACAGCGUCUCAAACGUCUCCCAAAUCGCCAACGAGCCACUCGGUAUCGUAGCUUCUCGCUUGCGAUCUCAACUCGGUCGCGAUGAUCUCCGCAAACGAACACAAGCUCUGGUGACAUACCUCCAGGACCAGGAAAACAGGGCAAAAGUAUCUGUAACAGCUGACGCGAAUCCGUCGACGGAUAUUAUGUUGAGUUCAUGGGCGAAGUUGAAGUGCUGGGAUUAUGACUUUGGACUUGGAUUGGGAAAGCCAGAGAGUGUGAGAAGGCCACUAUUCGAGCCGUUUGAGAGCUUGAUGUAUCUUAUGCCCAAGCGAACAGAUGGAGAAAUCACCGCGGCAAUAUCAUUGAGGGAUGAGGAUAUGGAGAGAUUGAAGGGUGAUGAGGAGUGGAAGAAGUAUGGGAAGUUCAUUGGGUAG